AUGUCUCAGAAAGUGAUCCUUGCGGUCUCGCAAUCCCGCACGCUCUCAACCCUCCAACAGACCCUCGACUCCCUCGCAACAACGACACAGCUCGCAGCCUCGAAGAAUGUAGACCUUAUUCUCUUUCCUGAAGCCUUUCUAGGCGGGUACCCACGAAGUUGUGCUUUCGGUGCGACUAUUGGAUCUCGAACAGACGCGGGCCGAGAGCAAUACCUCCAGUACUUCAAGUCAUGCGUAGACCUGGGAGAUACACCAUUGGGAGCAGGAGAUGAGUGGAUCGAGAGGAAGCUUCCAGUCGCGAAGGGUGAAAAGUAUAGAGGAGAUGGGACAAGAGAGUAUCUUGAAAAAGUAGCAAGGGAGACUGGAGUGUUUGUGGUGACAGGUUUGGUAGAGAAGACUGGUGGCACGCUUUACUGUGCUGUUGUGUACGUUGAUCCUCAACGAGGUGUUAUUGGAAAGAGACGAAAGGUUAUGCCCACUGGAAGCGAGAGGCUGGUUUGGGGACAGGGCUCGCCCAGCACGUUGAAGGCAGUUACGACCAUGAUCAGAGGAGUGAAGAUUACAAUGGCAGCCGCGAUAUGCUGGGAGAAUAUGAUGCCGCUUCUCCGAUACAGCAUCUACUCGCAGAAUGUGAAUUUGUGGUUGGCACCUACGGCCGAUGCGAGAGAUACUUGGCUGCCUUUGAUGAGGACUGUGGGCAACGAGGGGAGAUGUUUUGUGCUGAGUGCCAUUUCAUGCCAGAAGAAGAGCAGCUUGCCGGCAGUGAACGGAUCACAUUCGGAACUGAAAGAUGAAUUCGCCUGUCGUGGGGGGUCCUGUAUAAUUGGGCCCAUGGGCCAGGUCUUGAAAGAGCCUCUAUGGGAAGUUGAGGACGGUGGGCUACUUAUCCAAGAAGUCGACUUUGAAGAUUGUGAGCGCGGUAGACUGGACCUGGAUGUUGCCGGGAGCUAUUCAAGGAAUGAUGCAUUCCAUUUGACAGUAGACGGCCUCGAUCUAAUCCCGCCACCGUAG